CUACAACUCCCCCCUUGGCUGAAACCUACAACUCACACCUUGGUUCCGGGCUGUUUUUAUUAGCUGCAGCAGUUUCAGUCGAAACAUUCGAGGUGAGACGGAGAAGUGGACGCUCACAGACCGACAGAUUCUUUUAUCAGGGCAGCACCAGCGGAUCCAGCGGUAAUGUCGUCCAGACCCAACGGGAGUCCGCCUCCCUACGAGUCAAAUGGAUAUAACAUGCCCCCUCCUCAGCCGGCGUAUUCUUACUACCCAGAUGACGAGUUCCAGCACUUCUACCGCUGGACGUCUCCACCAGGCAUCCUCAAAAUCAUGGCCAUCAUCGUCAUCGUGUUGUGCGUCGCCAUAUUUGCUUGUGUUGCCUCCACUCUGGCCUGGGACAGUCAGGGAGCCCUGUCUGGGUUUGGGGGCAUCGGAGGCGGCUUUGGAGGAGGAGGCAGCUUUGGAGGAGGAGGCAGCUUUGGAGGAGGCGGCACGUAUGGAAGCAACUAUGGCUAUGGCGGACUCGGAGGGAACUACAAUGACCCCCGUUCAGGCAAAGGGUUCAUCAUUGCCAUGGCAGCCAUCAUCUUCAUCACCUGCCUGGUCAUCUUCAUCAUCAUUGUGUCCCACCAGAGCCUGUCAGAGAGCAGGAGGUUCUAUCUAGCAGUGCUGAUCAUCUGUGCCAUCCUAGCUUUUCUAAUGCUAAUAGCCUCCAUAGUGUACUUGAUGGCGGUGAACCCCAUGGCCCAGUCGUCCGGGUCCAUGUAUUCCCUGCAGAUUAGCGGCCUGUGUGCCCAGUACCAGCAACCACAGCCUUCAGGAAUCUUUGUCAAUCAGUAUCUCUACCACUACUGUGUGGUGGAGCCACAAGAGGCCAUCGCCGUGGUGUUUGGGUUCCUGGUCGCCAUCGCUCUGAUCAUCAUGCUCGUCUUCGCUCUGAAGACUAGGCAGAAAAUCCAAAACUACGGCAAGAGCAACAUUUUGUGGAAGAAAGUGAAGGUUAUCGAUGAGAUGUCGCCGCCGGAGGAUGUAGAGGCGUGGGUGAACAAUUUGUCCGUUCCCCCUGAAGCGGUCCCCAUGUCGGAAUACCCUGAGAACCUGAGAAGCUCCAGGACUUACCUGGAUGACGAAAGCACAAACUAUGACAAACCCCCGUACAGCAACUCCCCACCGCCUUCAGAGGAAAGUAACCUGCCUUUGGCCAGCGGGGUUCCCAGCAGCAGAAACUCAGAGGUGGCCAGCUCGGCUGGGCGGCCCAAAAAGAGACGCCCGGGUCGACCUCGUCGCACUGAUGGACGCGACUACGACACCGACUAUAACUCGUCAGGAGACGAGUUGGACGACGACGACUUUGGCAGUGAAUUUCCUCCGAUAGCGAACGAGCAGGAGCGCAUCGACUACAAGCGUGUAUUCGACCGCGAACACCAGGAGUACAAGGAGCUGCAGGCAGAGCUGGACAACAUCAACAAGAAUCUGUCUCAGGUGGACAGAGCGCUGGACGAGCUCCAGGAGGGAAGCCCGCAGUACCUGGAAGCGUUGGAUGAGUACAGCCGGAUAAAGGACAUUAAAAAGUCUGCAGACUAUCAGAUGAAGAGGCGCAGGUGUAAGUAUCUGAAGUCCAGACUGAACCACAUCAAGAAGAUGGUCAGCGAUUUUGACCACAGGGCCUGAACACAUCUGUGGGGAUUAUAUACCUGUCCGGGACUGGACAGAGGGGACUAAACCGGGUUUGGCACUGUUGAGGGAUGUCGGAAUCUUUUCUGACCACGGCAGACCGAAGAGGACGGAGCUACGCUGGUCGACAUCGAACACAGAGGCUACCGGAGUCUGUUUGAGCUGAUAGCUGGUGAAACUUUGCAACGGUUGUUUGUACUUCAGAAGGACAGAACAUCAAUAUUCUGUCUUCUUUUAAGCCAUUGUUUGUAUUAUGAGCAUCACCUGACAUUGGUUACGUGUAUUUAUUUUACCUAAUGUGAUCUUUAUAGUCUAGUAGAGGAGUUCUGCUACUAGAUUGUGGAGUAAGUACAAAUUCAAACAUUUUUCGUAGCUCUUACUCUCUUUUAAUCCUCAUUUUUAAUACGUUCUCAUGUUUUUCAUCAGAAACAUAAACAUGUAAAUAUGUGGGGAAACGCUGGUGUUUUUAAUGUUUCACGUGUUAACUGUUCCUCAGACACAUUCACACGAUAACCCACGUUUAAUGCGAUUUGUGAUAUUUUUUAUUAGAAUAAAUUCAUUUCUUAACAUU